AUGAUCCAGCAUUUCGAGGACAUGGAAAAGGCCGUUGCAGAUGUGGCAGCUUUGGAGCGCAAGAGGCAACUUUUCGCCAUGAAGUUUGCGAGUAGUGCAGUGGUAGUGGACGGACAUGCUGGUACCAGUGGCGCACAGCAACGAAUGCCACCAUCACUGUUACUGCAACAAACACCGUUGCCAACUUUUGACGGUCGUACCGAACAGUGGCAUAAGUUCAAGGCCAGAUACUGCGAUAUUGUUGACCGCUCUACACAAGAUUCCCCAGCGACGAAGCUCCAUUAUUUGGACAAGGCGUUGGUCGGAGAAGCGAAAGGGGCAAUCGACGAACAGACUUUAAACGAUAACAAUUACGAAGGCGCUUGGAGAAUUUUGAUCGAACGGUAUGAGAAUCUCCCGAUGGUGAUUCAUGGCCACGUCACGAAUUUGCUGAACCUCAAACCGAUGGCCAGAGAGUCGUCCCUGGAAUUACGGACGUUGAUCGACGACUGCACGAAGCGUGUGGAGUCCCUGGAAUUCCACAAACUCAAGAUGGAUAAAAUGGCAGAGGCCAUUGUAAUCACGUUGCUGACGUCGAAAUUGGAUCCGAGUACCCGUAGAAGCUGGGAGGCAUCUUGUGAACACGGUAAGCUACCAAUAUUCAAGGAUACGAUCGCAUUCCUUCGAAAGCACUCUCACGUUCUCGAGCGAUGUGAGCAAAAUGUCAUAGUCACGAAAAAUAAAGUUGCGACGUUCAGAACUCAGACGCCUUCUGUAACUAGUAAGACGCAUACUGUGAUGGUUGCGAAGGCGAACGAUGGAUGCCCCGUGUGUGGAACUGCUCAUUCAAUCGAAGCAUGCGGACCAUUCAAGAAGCUGAGUGUUAAUGAGCGGUACACAAAGGCGAAGCAGCUGGGAUUGUGCUUUGGUUGCCUACAACGAGGACAUCGAACGACAACCUGUAAGACCAGUAAAGUGUGCCCAACUUGCACGAAGAAGCACCAUGUGUUGAUGCACCCAGAGGAGAAGUCUGUUGCGCCCGAAACUACACAACCGCCUGCGACAGGACUUGAGAAGAACUCCACUCAACCAUUGAUUGCAGCGAAGUGCACGAUUCCGAUCGAGCCAAUGCAGACGAAACAGAUUUUGUUGGCGACAGCUGUGGUGAUGGUGUACGAUUCCAGUGGGGAAGCGCACAAGUGUCGUAUGCUACUUGAUUCCGGAGCGAUGGCGAACUUCAUGUCAACUAGAAUGGUGGAAUUGCUGCGACUGCAAAAGGAGAGUGCAAAUGUCUCGAUAGAUGGAGUAAACGGGAUGAAGACCCUAGUGAAAUACAAAGUGCAUGCUAAAAUGGAGUCCAGAACAACCAAAUUCGAAUCGUCGCUAGAUUGCCUGGUUGUCCCUAGAGUGACCGGUGCAUUGCCAGCAUUGAAGAUCGACCUACAGAGCUGGCACAUUCCCGAGUCGGUGUUGUUAGCUGAUCCAUACUUUUAUGAACCAGGUCGGAUUGACAUGCUAGUCGGAGCGGAGUUGUUUUUCGAAGUGCUAGAAGAGGGUAAGAUUAGGUUGUCCCCAAAUUUACCAUUGCUGCAGGAGAGUCAACUCGGUUGGCUUGUUUCUGGCCCGGUAGCUGAAACUGCGGUGAUAGACACUGUGAAGGUGUGUCAUGCUGGGACUUCGGAUACAGCCGACGAACAACUGUGUGAAAUGAUGAAGCAGUUUUGGACCAUCGAUGAGUUUGGAGGUGAUGCGUCACUUUCGUCAGACAAUGAAUGCGAGUUGAACUUCCUGGAGAGUCAUUGCAGAACCAAGGAGGGCCGCUAUGUGGUAAAAUUUCCAUUCCGUGAAACCGUUGGAAAACUCGGGGAGUCCCGGAAACAAGCAAUGCAGCGAUUUAUGGCGUUAGAGCGUCGCUUGGACAGACAUCUGGAUUUGAAACAGAUGUACGUGGAAUUUAUCAACGAGUAUCUGGCGCUGGGUCACUGCCGAGUUGUGCCGAGUGCUGAGUGCGAGAAUCCUGAGUUUGCCUACUACCUUCCACACCAUUGCGUGAUGAAGCCCGCAAGCUCUACCACGAAAUUGAGAGUGGUGUUUGAUGCUUCAGCGAAAAGUAGUACAGAUUUGUCGCUGAACGAUGUGAUGGAGAUAGGGCCAACGGUUCAAGAGUCGCUGUUUAACAUUCUACUAAGAUUUCGCUGGUACAAGUUCGUUUUCACUGCCGACGUCUUGAAAAUGUAUCGGCAGGUCAUGGUUGACAAGGCUCAUCGGAAGUACCAGUGGAUUCUGUGGAGAGACAGUAAGGAGCAGCCAAUCAAGGAGUUGGAGUUGAACACGGUGACUUACGGAACAGCUGCUGCACCUUUUCUUGCAACCCGAGCGAUUCUUCAAUUGGCCAGAGACGAGCAAAGCACAUUUCCAGCCGCAAGUGAAGUAGUUGAAAAAUGUUUCUACGUCGAUGACGUUAUGACUGGUGCUGAUACACUUGACGACGCAAGACAGCUCCAGAAGGAUUUGAUUGCACUGCUGCAUAGAGGAGGAUUUCAGCUUCACAAAUGGUGUGCGAACGACGAGGCGUUACUGGAAGACAUUCCUAUAUACGCUCAGGAGAAGCAGCUGGACUUCAACGACAGCGAAGUCAACGGAGUAAUUAAGACACUUGGAAUAUUGUGGGAUCCCUUUGGAGAUGAAUUUAUGUUUCACGUGAACCCAGUUGUGCUUUGGUCGGAUUCGAAAAUCGUGUUGAGCUGGUUGAAGCAAAUGAAGUCAGGUACUCCCGUGUUCGUUAAAAACCACGUAAUGAAGAUUAGAAAGCUGUUUACAUCCACCAAGUGGCAUUACAUCUCGACGCAACAUAACCCUGCGGAUUUGGUGUCCCGUGGAGUCUUCCCGGCAGAUCUAAUGCGUUGUGAACAAUGGUGGUCUGGUCCAUGUGUGCUUCCUAUUGCCGUCGAGGAGGAAGGUGAACUUGAGUUGGUGGAACCGGAAGAGGCUGAGCAGGUGUCUCUCCAUCAAAUUGCAGCAGUUGCCGUACCGCAGGAACUGAUUGCUGGAAUUGCACCGGAAAAACAGCGUGACCCGUAUGACGUAAUCCUGAACCACAGCAGUUAUCGCAAGUUGCAGCUUGGACGAGAAUUAAUAGCAGUAGCAGAACCGCUUUACGAGGACCUGAAGGAAACGAGUCUGUCGCGGUAUCAGCUGGUGCAGAAACGGAUGCAGCAUUUUUGGCAGAGGUGGUCAAAUGAGUACGUGACAGGACUACAGAAGCGUAGCAAAUGGUACAAGGAUCCCACACAACUGCAGAAUGGGCUGCUGGUGGUCUUGAAGGAGGAUAACAUGCCACCUAAAACAUGGAAACUGGGUCGCAUCAUCGAAACGCAUCCAGGAAAGGACGGGAUUAUACGUGUGGUCACAAUCCGCACAAGCAACAACACGUACAAGCGACCGACGACACAGAUUGCAGUUCUACCAAUCGAUGACUGCAUGGAUCAAGUGGAAUCCAAGGCGAAGUGA